GUUAAGCUGUGGUACGACAAAGUGGGCCAUCAGUUAAUAGUGAAUGUUCUACAAGCAACAGAUUUGCCACCAAGAGUAGAUGGACGCCCCAGGAAUCCCUAUGUAAAAAUGUAUUUUCUUCCAGACAGAAGUGAUAAGAGUAAAAGGAGGACCAAAACAGUAAAGAAAAGUCUAGAGCCAAAAUGGAACCAAACUUUUCUCUACUCACAUGUACAUCGUAGAGAUUUUAGAGAGCGAAUGCUUGAAAUAACUGUAUGGGAUCAGCCAAGAGUGCAAGAAGAAGAGAGUGAAUUUCUUGGAGAGAUUCUUAUAGAGCUGGAGACAGCACUUUUAGAUGAUGAACCACAUUGGUAUAAGCUACAGACACAUGAUGAAUCUUCACUACCUCUGCCUCAGCCAUCACCUUUCAUGCCAAGAAGACAUGUUCAUGGUGGAGAAAGCACUAGCAAAAAAUUACAAAGAUCUCGGCCAAUCAGUGAUAGUGACAUCUCAGAUUAUGAUGUUGAUGAUGGUAUUGGAGUUGUUCCUCCAGUAGGUUAUAGGUCUAGCGCUAGAGAAAGUAAAUCUACAACGCUAACUGUGCCAGAACAGCAAAGAACAACACAUCAUCGGUCACGAUCUGUAUCUCCUCACCGUGGCGACGAUCAGGGCAGGACCCGUUCACGUUUACCAAAUGUGCCAUUACAGAGGAGUUUAGAUGAAAUUCAUCAAAUGAGAAGAUCACGUUCUCCAACUAGACACCAUGAUGCCUCCAGAACUCCAGUUGAUUACAGAUCCAGAGACAUGGAUAGUCAGUAUUUGUCUGAUCAAGAAAGUGAGCUUCUUAUGCUGCCCAGAGCAAAGCGAGGAAGAAGUGCAGAGUGCCUACAUACCAUCAGAAGUUCGGUUAGGCGCUAUAAAACAUUACCACCCAAGAUGCCUUUACUAGAAAAUGGUACUCAUUGGAACCUAUACAGCUCAACUCUUCCUGCAUGUGCUAAGACCAAAUCAGUGAUUAGACAGGAUAUUUCACUCCUUCGUGAUUGCCUUAAUUCACGAAUACCGAAAUUUGGAGAUGAUCUGCUGGUUAGUGAACUACAGCCCUCCCUUGACAGGGCUAGGAGUGCUAGUACCAACUGCUUGAGACCAGAUACUAGUUUGCAUUCACCAGAACGAGAAAGGGGUAGAUGGUCCCCCUCCCUAGAGAGGAGACGACCUACUAGUCCCAGGAUUCAUAUCCAGCAUGCAUCUCCGGAGGAUGACAGGCAGUCCAGAAAAGUGGAAAGAUAUAGCAGCCAUAAGCAAACUAGGAAAGGCUCCGCAGCUGAAACAGAAAGGGGUCUGCCACCAUGUCUUUCUAGAAGGGGACUUCCAACCCCACGAACAGCUGAGCAGCCAGUCAUUAGGGGAAAACACCACGCUCGCUCCAGGUCGAGCGAGCACUCUAGUGUCAGACCCUUAUGCCCUGUACAUCACCUAGCGCCCGGAGGGUCGGCGCCACCUUCUCCACUUCUGACAAGAAUACAUCAACAAGGAAGUCCCACACAGUCUCCUCCUGCAGACACAUCCUUCAGCAGUCGCAGGGGAAGGCAGCUCCCGCAAGUUCCAGUAAGAAGUGGCAGUAUAGAGCAAGCAAGCUUAGUAGUGGAGGAGCGAACGAGACAGAUGAAAAUGAAAAUGCACCGUUAUAAUCAGACGUCAGGGUCUGGUUCUAGCCAAGAACAUGAGCGUGAGCAAUAUACCAAGUAUAACAUACAAACAGAUCAGUACAGAAGUUGUGAUAACGUCUCUGCCAAGUCGUCAGAUAGCGAUGUCAGUGACGUGUCAGCCAUUUCCCGAACCAGCAGUGCCUCACGCCUCAGCAGCACAAGUUUUAUGUCAGAGCAAUCUGAACGCCCGCGGGGCAGAAUCAGUACAUUUACUCCUAAAAUGCAAGGCAGACGGAUGGGGACUUCAGGGAGAAUCACGAAGAGCACAAGCGUGAGCGGCGAGAUCUACAAGCUGGAGCACAACGACGGGAGCCAGUCGGACACGGCCGUCGGCAUGGUGGGGACAGGUGGGAAGAAAAGGCGCUCCAGCCUUAGUGCCAAGGUGGUGGCCAUUGUGUCUCGGAGGAGCAGAAGCACAUCUCAGCUCAGCCAGACAG